CCCUCCCCCGCCAACCAGCGACACUUUAAAGCAGGGAUUCUAGCCCCAGCUGUUAGACCCGUGAGACACGAGUAGGAGCAGUAUAUGUGGUAGUUGUCUCCGAGGGGCGGCAAGGAAAAAGGAUUAGCCAUGUCGUCUUUGAUCAGAAAGGUGAUCAGCACUGCGAAAGCCCCAGCGGCCAUUGGUCCCUACAGUCAGGCUGUGUUAGUCGACAGGACCAUUUACGUUUCAGGACAGCUAGGCAUGGAUCCUGCAAGUGGACAGCUUGUGCCAGGAGGGGUGGCAGAAGAGGCUAAACAAGCUCUUACAAACAUGGGUGAAAUUCUGAAAGCAGCAGGCUGUGACUUCACAAAUGUGGUAAAAACAACUGUUUUGCUGGCUGACAUAAACGACUUCAAUACUGUCAAUGACAUCUACAAACAAUAUUUCCAGAGUAGUUUUCCUGCAAGAGCUGCUUACCAGGUUGCUGCUUUGCCCAAAGGAGGCCAUGUUGAGAUUGAAGCAGUAGCUAUCCAAGGACCUCUCGUGACAGCAUCACUCUAAGGGACACGAGUUCGAGCCCUGGUCCGGGAAGAUCCCACAUGCCAUGGAGCAACUAAGCCCGUGCGUCACAACUACUGAGCCUGCACUCUAGAGCCCGAGUCAGAACUACUGAGCCCGCGAGCCACAACUACUGGAGCCCGUGCACCUAAAGCCUGUGCUCCAUAAGAGAAGCCACAGCAAUAAGAAGCCCGCACACUGCAACAAAGAGCAGCCCCCGCUCGCCGCAACUAGAGAAAGCCCGCGCGCAGCAACGAAGACCCAACGCAGCCAAAAAUAAAUAUAUAAAUAAAUUAAAAAAAAAAAAAAGUAAAAGUCCCCUUCACUCACUGGCCAUUCCACUUACCUCCCCAAAGACGACCACUGCUAAGGGUUUUGAGUGUAACCAGCAGAAAGUUUUCUGUUCAUUAUAUACUUAAUCAUCUAGUUUGGUUUUGGCUUGUUUACAUAAAUGGAGCUUUACUGUAUAUAUUAUUCUACAGAUUGCCUUCUUCUUGUCUUGAAGGUCUUCCAUGUAACUACAUAUUGAUCUACCUCAUUUUUAAAGCUGUUGGGGAGUCAUCUUUUGUGUAAAUAUUCCUUAGGUGAUUUAACCAUUGAUCCAAACAUUUCCAUAUUUGCAAAAUUAUCAUAUCAAGCUGCUGUAACAUUCUUACAUACACACAUAACAUUUUACAUAUACCUAUUUGUUUGAGGUUAAUUUAGAAAUGUCAUGCUAAUUUGAAAAGUUUGGUAAACCAAAAGAUAAUAUUAGAAGCACUUGGGAAGAGCAGUUUUAACACAUUGACUAGAGAUGUAUUAAUGUCUUUUGUUACCCGAACGUUAUUGACCAGAGAGACAUAUCAAUAUCACUUAAUAACAAAUCACCGGCCAUAGGAGUUAGUUUCUGCAAAAAUCGCCCAGUCAAUAACGAGUUUAAGAGCACAGACUGGAGUAAUUUUAAUGGGAUUCAAGACUCAGAUUUAUCACUUAUUAGCUAUAUGAUCUUGAGCUAGUUAUUUAACCUCUUUAAGCCUCAGUUUCCUGAGAGAUAAUAAUUGCACCUCUCAAAGGGAUGUUCUAAGGAUUAAAUAAGAUAAUGUAUAUGGAAAGUACUUAGCAGUGUCUAGCAUACAGCAAAGGAUCAAAAAAGCUGUCACCACUAUUCAUCAGUAUUUAAUAAUUAUCAUAUAGAAUAAUGUGCUAGAUGGAAACGUUUCUGCUACUUACAUACCUAAAUUUAUUGACAUGAAAGAUAAGGAUGAGGAUUUGGUAGAGUUGGGGAGUGUCUCUAUGAGUUGAUAAACAAGAUUAGGCCCUGAAAAUUAUUUUAGACAUUUUUACAUGAAGCAGUACAGUACAGUAGUUAAGGGUUUAGGCUCUGGAGCCAAAUUACUUGAUUUCAAAUUCUAUUCCACCACUUAUUAGCUUUGUAACUUUGGGCUAGUUACUUAAGCUCUCUGUUCUGUUUCUUCUGUAAAAUAUCUCCUUUGUUUCUCUGUAAAAUGGGGAUAUCACUAGUACCUACCUUAUAAAGUUGUUGUAAGGUUUCAAUAAGUUAAUAUGUGUAGAGCACUUAGAAUAAUGCCUGGCACAUAGCUAUGAUGAUAAUGACAGAAACCUUUCUGUUAUUGGCAAUAAAAAGAAAUGAGGGAAUUCCCUGGCGGUCUAGUGGUUAGGAUUUGGCACUUUCACUGCCAUGGACUGGGUUCAGUCCCUGGUUGGGGAACUGAGACCCUAUAAGCCGUGUGGCACAGCCAAAAAAGAAAAAUAAGCUAUCAAGCCACAGAAAGACAUGGGGAACCUUAGAUGCACGUUACUAAAUGAAAGAAGUCAAUCUAAGAAGAUAACAUACUGUAUGAUUCCAACUAUGUGACAUUCUGGGGAAGGCAAAACUACGAAGACAGUAAAAAGAUCAGUGGUUGCCAGUGUGGCAGAGGAAGUAGGGGCGGGAUUAACAGGUGAAGCACAGGAGAUGUUUAGGGCAGUGAAACUACUAUGUAUGAUACUGUAAUGGUAGAUACAUGUCAUGCAUUUGUCAACCAUGGAAUGUAAAACUCAGAGUGAACACUCAUGUAAAGAAGGGGUUUUAGUUAAUAAUAAUGUGUCAGUGUUCAUCAAUUGAAACAAAGGUACCACACUAAUUAAAGACGUUAAUAAUUGGGGAAACUGUGCAGUGGGAAGGAGGAGUAUUUGGGUACUCUGUACAUACAAAUGCCCUAGAAAUUUUAAACCUUUUUUUUAAGGACUGUAGUAAUGCAGUCUGUGGUAGACUGUUAAGUGAAAGCUCUUUUCCCUUUCAGUUAAAAAAUGUUGCUCAUAGUUAACUGGUAUUGCCUAAAAAUAUAAAGACUUAGGAAAGGGCUUCCCUUGCGGCACAGUGGUUAAGAAUCCGCCUGCCAAUGCAGGGGACAUGGGUUCGAGCCCUGGUCUGGGAAGAUCCCACAUGCCGCGGAGCAGCUAAGCCCAUGCGCUACGACUACUGAGCCUGCGCUCUAGAGCCUGCGAGCCACAACUACCGAAGCCCGCGUGUCACAACUGCUGAGGCCCGCGCACCUAGAGCCCAUGCUCUGCAACAAGAGAAGCCACCGCAAUGAGAAGUCCGUGUACCGCAACGAAGAGUAGCCCCGGCUCACCGCAACUAGAAAAAGCCUGCGUGCAGCAACAAAGACCCAAUGAAGCCAAAAAUAAAUAAAUCAUAAAUAAAUAAAUUUUUUUUUUUUUAAAAAAGACUUAGGAAAAUCAGCAGAUGACAAACACCCCCCGCAAAGUGUGCUUGGAAAAAUGUUGGCAGGUGAUGAAAUUUGUCUAGGACAAUACCUGAGUUUACGUUACCCAUCAAAACCGGUUUAUUAUCCACUACUUCACACUUAUCAAAGAAGCUAUGUAAUUUAUAUGCAUGGUUUAAACAAUAAUAAAAUGAACACCUACGUACCAAAUUCAGCCCAAGAAAAGAACAUCACCAAUACUCUGGGAGCCCUGCAUAAGCCAUUACCCUCACUUCUGCCAAAGGUAACUACAGUCCUAAAUUUUAUAUGAAUUGUUCUUGCUUAUCUUUAUAGUUUUGCCAUUUAGAAGUUAUGCAUUCAAAUAAGAAGUGAAGAUCAUUUAGUUUUGCCUGAUUUUAAAUUUUAUAUUAAUAAAAUACAGAAUAUAUUUGUCUGACUUGUUUUCACUCAAUAUUGUGGUUUAAAAAAAUUUUAAACAUCUAAUACCAAGCAGAUACCAAAGAAUAUUGACCACCCACGUUCCUACCACACAGUUUGAGAAAAAGAACAUUCUUACUGCUAUAUAAGACCAGAUAUGAUGCUCCAAUCCGAUGUCCCCUUCCCUCCCAUCUCAGAGGAAACCUGAAUUUUGCAUUUAUCAUUUCUUCUUUCUUCUGUAAUCAUGUUUGAAUCAUUGAAAUAUUUUAAGUC